GCCAGACACCUUUUAACAAGUCCAGGAUAUCCUUAAUAUUUUUAAUGAUAUAGCUCCUUCAUGUGUAGUUUGUAAUAUGGGAGGCCUUUGUUCCCUCGAUGCCCGUAUAAGAGACUCUACUGCCCGCGUUUCGACAUGGCUGACGAUGCUUCUGCUUGGAUUUGCUUUUGUCAUGGCCGUUGCGCACGGGCAGGUCCGUUAUUCUAUUCCCGAGGAGAUGAACAAGGGAUCAGUGGUGGGAAAUAUCGCUCAGGAUCUCGGUCUGGAUGUAAAGAGACUGAAAUCUGGCCGAGCGCGGAUCUUUACAGAGGACAGUCGUGAGUACAUCGGUCUGAAUGUGGAUAAAGGCUCUCUGAUAGUGAGAGAGAGGAUAGAUAGAGAGGAGCUGUGCGCUCAAGUCUCUCCAUGCUCUUUACAUUUUCAGAUUAUUCUAGAUAAUCCAAUGGCGUUACAUGCACUUGAUGUUGAAAUAUUGGACAUCAACGAUCAUGCCCCUGCUUUUGACAGAAAAGAAAUUACUAUAGAAAUAACGGAAUCUGCAGCCACUGGUUCGGUGUUUUCUUUAGAUGGUGCGCAUGAUCCUGAUGUCGGGCUGAAUACACUACAGAAAUACACCCUUAAUCCCACUGAUCAUUUCAUUUUGAAAGAAUUGUCUCGGAGUGAUGGUAUCAAAUAUGUUGAGAUGGUUUUAAAAACACCUUUAGACAGAGAGGAACAAGAGGAGCAUCAUUUAAUUUUAACAGCAUUUGAUGGUGGAACUCCUCAGAAAUCUGGAACAGUUAAGAUAACUGUCACUGUUCUUGAUGUAAACGAUAAUUCUCCUGUGUUCAGUCAGCCAAUAUACCGAGUGUCUUUAUCAGAAAAUAUUCCGAAAGACAGUUUAGUAGUGACAGUCAGUGCUACUGACAAGGACAAAGGGUCUAAUGGCGAUGUGAUCUAUACGCUUUCACAAAGCUCCGGAAAAGAGGCCGGGGGUCUAUUUAUUAUUAAUUCCGUCACUGGAGAAAUAAAAGUAAAUGGUUCCUUUGAUUUUGAAAAAUCCAAACAGUAUGAAUUGAAUGUCAAGGCGAUGGAUAAAGGCGGACAAACCGACACCUGCAAAAUACUGAUUGAAAUUUUUGAUGUUAAUGAUAAUUUCCCAGUUAUCAGUGUUAUCUCAUUUUCUAAUGCAAUUCCUGAAGAUUCCGCUCCAGAGACUGUUAUUGCAAUCCUAAAUAUUAAAGACUUGGACUCCGGGAAAAACGGACAGAUUAAAUGCUCAGUGAAUUCAGAUCUGCCGUUUCGCAUCAAAGCGACAUCCUCUAAUUUCUAUAGUUUAAUCACUGGCCGUAUUUUAGACCGUGAAAUGUUUUCUGAAUACAAUAUAACCAUCACAGCUACAGAUGAAGGAUCUCCACCUUUAUCUACAAAUCAAACCCGGAGGCUUAAAAUAUCGGAUGUAAAUGACAACGCCCCUGUUUUCCAGCGUCACUCAUACACCGCUUAUGUGAUGGAAAAUAAUUCACCUGGAGUGUCUGUAUUUGCAGUGACAGCAACUGACAGAGACUCUGGGAAUAAUGCGCGCAUUUCCUAUUUUUUGGAAGAUCUUUCUGUGAACGGAGUUUCUGCUUCGUCUUAUAUUUCAGUGAACGCAGAGAGCGGAGAGAUUCUUGCUGUUCGAGCUUUUGAUUUCGAGCAAACAAAAGAGUUCAAUAUUCGCGUCAAAGCGCAGGACGGAGGCAACCCGCCUCUCAGUAGCAACGCGAGUGUGAAGAUUAUUAUUCAGGACCAGAAUGACAACGCGCCUCAGAUUCUGUAUCCGGUCCAAACUGGUGGCUCUGUGGUGGCUGAAAUGGUGCCUCGUUCAGCAGAUGUGGGCUAUCUUGUCACUAAAGUGGUGGCUGUGGAUGUGGACUCUGGACAGAAUGCCUGGCUCUCAUAUAAACUGCACAAGGCGACAGACAGGGCGCUGUUUGAAGUGGGCUUACAGAAUGGAGAAAUCAGAACCGUGCGCCAAGUCACUGAUAAAGAUGCUGUGAAACAGAAACUCACUGUUGUAGUGGAGGACAACGGACAGCCCUCUCGUUCAGCUACAGUCAAUGUGAACGUGGCGGUGGCGGACACUUUCCCUGAAGUGCUCUCCGAGUUCACUGACUUUACGCACGACAAGGAAUACAACGACAACCUGACAUUUUAUCUAGUGCUGGCCUUGGCUGUGGUUUCAUUCCUCUUUAUCGUCUCCAUCAUAACUAUACUGUCAGUGAAAUGCUACAGAUGGAGGCGUGAGCGGAUGUUUUAUAAAUCCGGUGCCAAUCUGCCAGUUAUUCCGUAUUAUCCACCCCUUUACGCAGACGUAGGAGGAACAGGAACUUUACAGCACAUGUACAAUUAUGAAGGUUACAGAACCACUGAUUCUAGAAAGAGUGAUGUGAAAUACGCCAGACCUCCUGCUGAGAGCAUCAUUAGUCUGGACAGCAGCGGAACACAGACACUUGCGCAUGCGCAAGGCAUGAAAUCUUAUGAUGACUCUGAUCAGGUGAGAAUUCUGAAGUCGCUGUAG